AUGAUCAGUGAUAAAUACUUGGUGGAGUAUAAAUUAGAUCCAGAAGAUCCUCAUUUGCAAGAACCAGGAACUAUGCUUCUGCAAUCCACUGUCGACAUACCACCCAAAACUGAUCCCCGAGAUCCACAUGGGAUCAACCAACAUCUAAAGCUGGAAUUCUCCGACAUCCUUGCAGAACCUUCCUCAUUCCGUACCUUUGAUCGGAUUUGGACCUGGAGUGACAUCACCUUUGAGAGCUCCCGCCUUUGGUGCUACCGUAUUAUCUCCCUGCUCUGUGCUGUGCCAGUCUCUUUAUGCUCAGGCUUUCUCUUUGCCUGCCUGGGCUGCCUCCAUAUCUGGUGUGUGAUGCCUUGCAUCCAGCUGUGUACAAUGGCCAUGCCUCCAGUUCGUACCCUCUGGGCUAGCAUCCUGGAUGUUUUGAUAGCCCCUCUUUUCACCAGCCUGGGACGCUGCUGCAGUGCCAUCUACCUUACAGUAACUCAAAAGUGA